AUGCAAAAACAAAAACUGUCCUUCCCUGCAGAUGCCUUAUUCACAUGCCCCUCGGGUCCUUACCCACCACCACCACCACCAACACCCCUACCUGCCUGAAUGACUUCUAUGCCCUUCAAGACGUAAAUAAGACCUUACCUCCUCCUAGCAGGCUGCCCUGGCAGGUUGAGCGAUUAGGCAUGACUCUCUCUUCUAACUUACGCUCUGUGGAUGCCUCUGACAGUCUCUGUCUCUCUGUACUUAAUAAUCCAUUAUUUCUCUAUCUAGAGACUUCAAUAAACUGUGAGCUCUUUAAGGAGGAAUUACAUCUUCUUCACCUGAGGAUCCCCACAAGCCUAAUGCGGGCCUGCCCGGUGCAUGGCUGGCAUUCAGUAACAAACCUGUUGGGAACAGGAGCGAAGUCCUUGAAGUUUCCGUCACAGCAGCAGUGGAUCCGGAAUAAUCACACAAGCUCUACUGCCUGGAUUAUCUUGAAUGGGAGAAACGGAGGAGGAAUUGCAGGGAGCAUCCCAGAAAUCACACACAGCACAGUCUGCCUUUUCUGUCAAGAGCUCACAGUGACAUUGAACAAUGGCAGUAAUAGUUGUGACAAUU